CCAUGAUCAUACCCUCCAAAGUUCAAGGUUCAAAUUCUCUUCGCUCCCUAAGAUUUCUUCCCAUAUACUUCAGCUCCUCACUUUGAACUAGAGAGAGAGAGAGAGAAAUGGUCAUGCCGUCUCAAAGCCGCAUUCGGACCAAGAAAACCCGGGCAGUCGGGAUCCCGGCCGUCGACCUCUCCCUCGGCCGGCCCGAGCUGUCCGAGCUGAUCCUCCGGGCCAGCGAGGAGCACGGCUUCUUCAAGAUAACGAACCACAGCGUGCCCAAGAGGACGGUCUCGAGGCUGGAAGAGGAGGCAGCUGAGUUCUUCGUCAAGCCCAUGUCAGAGAAGCAGCAGGCGGGGCCGGCAGCUCCCUUCGGAUACGGAUGCAAGAACAUCGGGCCCAAUGGGGACAUGGGCGAGCUCGAGUACCUCCUCCUCCAUUCGGAUCCCAUCUCCAUUGCCGAGAGAUCCACAACCAUUUGCAGCGACCCGAGCAAUUUCAGUUCUGUCGUGAACGACUACAUAGGUUCGGCUCGCCAGCUGACGUGCGUGAUACUGGACCUGCUGGCGGAAGGACUGUGGCUCUCCGACAAGUACGCCCUCAGCGGCCUCGUCAGAGACCGGCAGAGCGACUCCCUCCUCCGGAUCAACCACUAUCCCCCGGCCAAGGACGUCAAGAACAGCGGCCGGGACCGGGACCGGGGCAGCGGGCGGGUCGGGUUUGGGGAGCACUCCGAUCCCCAGAUCCUGACCCUCCUGUGGUCCAACGACGUGGAAGGCCUUCAGAUGUGCCAGCACGACGGCCUGUGGAUCCCCGUCCCUCCGGACCCCAACGCAUUCUACGUCAUGGUCGGCGACGCGCUUCAGGCGUUGACGAACGGGAGGUUGAAGAGCGUGAGGCACCGAGCGAUGGCGAACUCGCCGAAGCCGAGGCUGUCGAUGGUGUACUUCGGAGCCCCGCGGCUCAACGCAUGGAUCUCUCCUCUGCCCGAGCUGGUCUCCCCGCAAUCCCCCGCCCUGUACAGGCCCUUCACCUGGGGCGAGUACAAGAAAGCCAUGUACUCGCUCCGGCUCAGCGACUCUCGCCUCGACCUCUUCAAGAUCCAAAGCAGCAACAAGAUCGCUUCACGAAUCGAUUGCAUCGUUUAGCAUCACAAGCUGAAAGCUCGAUCGCAGUUUACAGAUCAUUACAGAAGGGGAAAAGAGAGAGAUGGAAUGAUAGUUGGAGAGAUGUACAUCAGUUAGGGAUUUUAGUUUGAAGUGUGUUUCUUGAUUAUUUUCUUGGGUAAGGUAUUGAUAGGUUCUUUUAAUUUUUUUUCCUCUUUUUAUUUUUUAUUUUUCAUGUAUUCAUAGUUUAAAGUGUACUUUUAUCUUAUUUUAUUUUAUUUUGGGGCGGCUUUGUUAAAGUUUUGCCUGAUGAGGAUGUUGAAUUGUUUUUGUACUUAAUCACUUACGUAGUAUUGACAUGCCGGGUUAGCAUUCAA